GCGUGUGCCACAGGCUCCGAUUUUGUAUGACAUUGGACCCAAUUGCCCGUGGCUAGAAGACGGUGCCAAGUUGUAUGAUAUCCCACCGCAUCACUGCCCGCCUCCCUCCCGCCCGCCAAGACACCAAUUAUCGACACUGCCCAUCAAAAUUCCUGUGUAUCAUUUUCUUAUUUGGUUUGAUUUCUUAAAUCAUGGAUAUUAACAAUGGUGAUGAAGAGGAAUUUGAGUUCUCAAGGAAUUACUUUCUUGCAAAAGAGUGUUCGGGUAAGAAAUCAACCUGCAAGAUUUCUGAUAUUGAUCUGAUUGAUGAACAGGAGCUGAUAGCAGCUGUAGCUAAUAUUGAACCGAAGCAUGAGAAAGAGACCAUUGCUCUUGUGAAUAGUUAUAAGAAGCUAUAUCCCCGAUGGGUUUUUGAGCUCAGGUGUGGUUUUGGCCUUCUAACGUAUGGAUUUGGAUAUAAGAAGGCUUUAAUUGAAUCUUUUGCUUCAACAGCAUUUGCAGAGUAUCCUGUGGUUGUAAUCAAUGGGUAUCUUCAGUCAAUUAAUCUAAAACAGGUCAUUAUAGCCUUAACUGAGGUUUGGUGGGAUCAGUUGAAAACCAGACAAAGGACUUCAUUGAGGAUUUUACCUAAAGUUUAACAGCCAUUCAAUUCUCGAUCGGUGGAUGAUCUUCUUGCAUUUUUGGAUAAAUCAGAGGCAGAGGAAAAUGAUUCUUUUAUAUGUGUUGUCAUUCAUAACAUUGAUGGGCCUGGGUUAAGAGACUCUGAAAGCCAACAGUAUCUUGCACGAAUUACUUCUUGUUCGAAUAUUCGUACCAUUGCCUCUGUUGACCAUGUCAAUGCACCUCUCUGUAAGUGUUUUCUUUUCAUUGUCUGUUAUUUGUGGACAAGAUGUUGGUUAUGUUUAGCAUGUUGUUACUUGCCUAUAGCACUUCUAAUUUUGGUUAAAACCUUCCUAGCAUUUCUAUUGCUGUUGCUAUGGCCUUUUAGACCAAAACUGAAAUUAUUUUUUUAUUAAACAUGUUUAUUACUAGUGCAACUUUUUGCUUUA